UAUAUGCACAUAUAUGUAUGUGUGUGUGUAUGAUAUAUAUGUGUAUAUAUGCACAUGUGUAUAUAUACACAUAUACAUCUGUGUGUAUAUACAUAGACACAUAAGCACGUGUAUGUGUGUAUAUACAUAAACAUAUUUAAUAUACACACACACACAUAUAUAAAUACACACACACAGAGAUUUCCUCCCCUAACAAAGGGGUGAGCCCCAGCGUUGUCUCUGGGGUGAAGCGAUUUCACAGAGGGGCAAAUAUUUUAGGGGGUUUCCUUCUCUUUCUCCCUGCCACCCCAGUACUUAAUUCAUUUUUCAGUUCGGUAAUUAAACAGGGACAUUCCCCUGAAAUUAACGUGUCUGCUGUUUUAGGAAGGGAUCAGCCCUCGCUGGGAGAACACGGCCGCCCGAAGAGGGCGAGUUGGCAUCCUGGCCGGCCACGGGGUGACUUUGUUCGUCAGGCUCCUAAUUAGCCCCACGCGCCAGGAAAGGCAUCCAGCCUGAAUGGACAGGGCAACAUUUGCCUGUUCCACCGCCUUUUUUCGUGACUACAGCAGUUCGUCUCACACAGCAUUCUGCCUCCCAACAGGACACGUGGACUUUAUUGAAAAGGUAGAAUCAUUCACUUACUCAGACUUUUUCCGGGAUUAUUUGAUUCCCAACCAUCCCUGUAUUUUCUCAGCUAAAUUCACAGAAGGCUGGGGCAGCAGGAGAAAUUGGGUUACUUGGGAUGGGAAGCCUAACUUCGAUUAUCUGUUGCACAAAUUUGGAGAGGCUAUAGUACCUGUUGCCAACUGUGAUGUCAAGGAGUAUAAUUCUAAUCCAAAGGAGCAGAUCCCUUUCAAGGAAUACAUAAAUUACUGGAAAGAGUACAUUAAAAAUGACUAUCAUUCAUCUCGAGGGUGCCUUUAUCUGAAGGACUGGCACCUGAGCAGAGCUUUCCCAGAACAAGAUGUUUACACAACCCCUGUGUAUUUCACGUCUGACUGGCUGAAUGAAUACUGGGAUGCUAUAGGUGUGGAUGAUUACCGGUUUGUCUACAUGGGACCUAAAGGUUCAUGGACUCCAUUCCAUGCCGAUGUCUUCCGUUCCUAUAGCUGGUCAGCCAAUAUAUGUGGGAGAAAGAAAUGGUUGCUCUACCCCCCAGGACAGGAGGAAUACCUAAAAGAUCGCUAUGGCAGCUUGCCCUUCGAUGUGACUGCACCUGGUCUUCAGGACAGCAGUGUUUACCCUCGCUACACCCAAAGCCAACCCCCUGUUGAAAUAUUACAGGAAGCAGGGGAAAUCGUCUUCAUCCCCAGUGGAUGGCAUCAUCAGGUUUACAAUCUGGAGGAUACCAUUUCUAUUAACCACAACUGGGUGAAUGGCUGCAAUGUGGCUAUAAUGUGGUGCUUCCUGCAGGAUGAAUUAGCAGCUGUCCAGCGGGAAAUCAAUGAAUGGAAGGAUCCUAUGGAUGACUGGCACCUACAAUGCCAGUUGAUCAUGAAGUCUUGCACAGGUAUAGACUAUAAGGAAUUCUACAACUUCCUCAAAGUUAUUGCGGAGAACAGGAUUUCUGUCUUGGAAAAUGGCCUCGAUGACGAAGCUUUAGCAAAGAACACUCCAAAAGCUGCCAUUUCUACCCUGGGCAUGCUCCAUGCAGUGUUUGAUUUAAAGAGGACUGUGAAGGUGCUAACAUCAUUGAGUGCUAAUGAGGAUUUCAAGAAACUCGACCUGACGUCACUUUCUCCACCUCCGGAGGCAUUGCUCCACCACUUGAAAGCAGCAAUAGAUACAGCACUACUCUAACUUCCUAUUUAUUCAGUUCUUUGUAAAAUGAACCUUUUACAAAAUUAGUGUUUAUAGAAGAGUGACUCCUCCCUGUUUAAUAGCUGUUGCAAUUUAAGUACAAGGAGCCUUAAUACAGUGUGGGGAAGGAUUACAUUCAUAAGAAGACUGAAUGCUUUGUAAACUGCCAACACUUGAGUAUCUAGAAUAAUGGUGUAGGGGGAAAAAAAGAAAGAAAAUGGAAAAACCCAAAUAAUGUUGGUAUUGUAGAGGCUGAUAAAUUGAUUCCUGCUGGUGAGUAUGUAUUCAGUGAAGGCAAAUGAAAAUUCUCUGUGGAACAAGCUUUGGUCUGGCAGGGCUCAGCACCAAAAUUACAGUGGUCUGCACCAUCCUUCCCUCUGUUUCUAAAAGAGGUGUGCAAACACCUAACUUGUACUGCAGACUCCAGCAGUUAAUCUCUGCUGUCUCUUCUCACAGCCUCAUUGCUUUAAAAGCUGUCCUGCUUCUCAGAGUACCUCAGCUUUUUUUUUUUUUUUU